AUGCUGCGCGCGCUGAGCGCCCUGGGCGCGCGGCCCCCGUGCCGGCCUUCUGUCCUGCUAGUGCUCCAGGCGCGCGGCCGCAAGACCCGCCACGACCCUCCGGCCAAGUCCAAGGUCGGACGCCUUCAGACCCCGCCCUCGGUGGAUCCCACGGAAUUCUUUGUGCUGACCGAGCGUUACCGGGAGUACCGCCAGAUAUUGCGCGCUCUCAGGCUGGAGUUUAUGGCCGAGGUGCGGAAAAAAGUGAACGAGGCCCGAGUGGGGGUCCUGGCCGAGCGCAGAGCCCAGGAGAAAGCAAUAGAGCACCGGGAGCUGAUGACCUGGAACCAGGCGGAAAACCAGCGGCUGCACGAGCUGCGGAUAGCGAGGCUGCUGCAGGAGGCGCAGGAGCAGGAGCGUCAGCGGGCCGAGGAGCAGGCCCGCCAGGCCCGAGAGGCGCAGGCCUGGGUGCAGCUCAAGGAGCGGGAAGUGCUGCAGCUGCAGGAGGAGGCAAAAAACUUCAUCACCCGAGAGAACCUGGAGGAACGGAUAGAAGCAGCUUUGGACUCACCGAAGAGCUACAACUGGGCUGUCACCAGAGAGGGACUGGUGGUUAGGCCACAGCAAAAGGUCUCCUAG